CAUCAAGGGAUUCUUUCGUUCACGCACUGUGGCCAUAAUUCUUGGGGGAAAACAUGUGUUGUUAUGAUUGUCCUACCAUGUUUGACUCAUGUUUGAUGUGGUCAAACUGCGAAUUAUUGGGAUGCACAUUCUCAAAUAUCCUAACAUGAAUCUGAAGCUGUACUGGCCGUCAGCUUUAAUGAAGAGAUGUUGUGCCAAUGUCUCAUUCAGGGAGUUGCUGUUGUGUAGGCUAGAUACUCAUUGCACAUACACCAUCUACAUUUAGUCCAACAAUAAUACGAGGGGGUUAUAUACAAUAUCUGGCAAGGGGUUAGUAUUUUCUUCUCUCUCUUUUUUUUGUUCUUGAUAACAGUGGGGGUGGGUGCAUAUUUACAUUUUGACACUAGAUGGCGAUAAUGGGAUUCAGGUCGGCUAACUGCACCGUAGAGGAAGAAGCCCUGGAGCGGAAGAGAAGAACCGCCAUCUUCGUGAGGUCCAGAGCGUCAGCACAAAGGUCUUUACUGCAAUAUUCUCACCUAGAUAUCCGUUGUAGUUUCUGUAGUAUUCCGUUCAUGUUUGACUGUAUGUGACUGAGCGUUGCGUCCAACCCAUAUAAAUAUCAGGUACCACGAAAAGCCUAGUGUGGGUCAUGUUAUUGGUCAUUAACAGUGAGCUAAACCCUUGUACCAGCACUAAGAUGGAGACCACGACGUAACAUGUUGGUCAUUACACAUUUAUGUCGAACCGUCACAAAUUAAUGGUCAAAUUCAAAAUAUCCAAAAGCUAUUCGUUUCUCAAGUGCAAGUUAUUUCACUGAAAAUGAGCACUUGGCGACCAUCGGCCACCCAGACAACCAGUACCAACAUGCAGACAACCAGUUGUACCACCAUCAUGUGUCCUUAUCCUGGGUCACUGCAAGUCAGGUCAUUUCCUUAAAGGAGACACAGCAACGAAGUACCUUCUGAUGCCUCGACAUUGCUCAGCUGGAGGCUGCAAAUCUCGCGAUAACCGUGAAACUCGCAAGGCUGGCAUUACUUUUCACAAAUUGCCCAAGGGAGCCAGCCGAAGGAAUUUAUGGAUUACAAAUUCACACCGCAAGGGUCUUUGGGACCCCCAAACAGACUUUGUUUACUUCUGCUCAAAACACUUUACUCCAGAAAAUUUUGAGCUCACUGGAUACAGUGGAAUCCGCAGGCUGAGAGAGGAUGCCUUCCCUACCGUGUUUGAUGCGUCGCUGGGGCCCAAACGCAAAGGGCCCGGCCGCCCUCGGAAGAAGGAAGCGCUUCAUCUUAGACAGAAGCCACCGGUCACAAUCAAAGAGGACCGCGUGGAGGCCGAGAACGGGGAGGACAUCCGUGACCCCCCACCGUUAAAGCAGGAGAAGGCCGGCCUGUGUGCGGAGGCCGAUGUCUUCCACCCGCCGGCCUGUUUGGACGAGGCCACCUCCGAGGCCCAGCCCGUCUCCUUGACGGACGGCUGUCCCUCUCCUCCGGUCCCCCGAGAGUCUCCGCCCGCCGAGUGCCCCGCCUCCCCGUCCCGCUACAUGCGGCGCCUGCCCCCUGCCCCUGGGUUCUACCUGCGGAGGGAGCACAGCUACGCCCAGCUGUGUCCCCUGCUGUGGCGGCGGCGCUGCGAGCGCGCGGUGGACUGCCUGGAGAAGGCCCUGCGGCAGCUGAGCGCCGCGCGGCGCCGGGAGAACCGGCUGCGGAGCACGCUGUCCCGGCUCCGGGAGAAGCGGCUGCGGCCCGCGGGGCCGGACGACGGACCGAGGGCCAGGAGGGGCUGGCUGGGCGGCGGGCGGCUGAGGGGGGCCGCCGCCGCCCGGGCCGGGGGCGACGGCUCGCUCUGGGCCCAGCCGGAGGAGAGCGAAGGGGAGAUGGAGAGCGAGGAGGCCGGGCUUGGGGAGCACGCCGCGGAGGACGAGGACGUGGGGGAGUACUGUUUCAGCUGCAACAGAGCAGGGGACGGCUGCUGCGACGGAGGUCCGCGCUCUGUUUCCAGGGCUGCAGAUAGAAGGGAACUCUCUGGUGCGCGCCGUGGCGUGGCGAGGUCUCAAGAGGAGGGCUGCACUUGGCUGCCGCUCCUUAAACCCCCCGGAAGUGACGAGGACAGGUUUAUAAAUGGCGAAGGGAAGGCCGUCAUUCAUGAACACCGAUUGAGUUCUCCAGAGUUGGUGGUGAACACUGAUCAUGUGCAGCUCAUGGUUCUGGAGGCACCGCUCGGAGACGGGUUUAAAACGAGUCAUCUUCAAAGCGCCUUAAUGCUGCCCCCCUCCCGGAGCCUACUGCAGGGCCAGGCUCAGGCGGGCCUCCAGCGCCCGGCUCUGGCCGACUUCGGUGCCAUGGUGGGUCAAGCCAAGGGUGCAGCGCUUUACAAGGAGCCCUGCCAGCAAGUGUUUUUUGUGCAGGAGAGCACAGAGGGACAGCUGUUGCUCGUGCCCGCCACCACCCAGGACAGAUUAAAAGGUGUGGACAGCACUGAUGAUGGGGCUGGAAAUAUGCAAACUCUACUGGAGCCACACCUGACCUUCCAGACGGAUUUAGGGCUGGUUCCAGAAGACAUACCGAACAGAGGCUUGGAGCCGUCCAAUGGGAAUGUUCUGGGUACAGUCGUGAGAGAAGAUGUGAGGGAAAAACUAAAGGAACAUUUGGAAGGUUUUCAGCUACAGCUCAGUACUGAGUACAUCACUUGAAGAAACGUGGCAUUGUCAGUUUCAUAUGGAGCCCAUUAUUUUUUUGUUUACUAUAUGAUAAAUGAUAGGAUAUAUGUAUAUAUGAAAUAUUUAAUGAAUGUUUGAGUGUUUCUGAGAUGUUUGCAAAUAAUUGACCUAAUAAACCUGAAAUUAAUGCCAAAAUCAA